UGUGUCACCGCGUGUGAAAACGCGAAAGUUGCUUUGUCGUUAGUCAGCUUCGAGAGCCUUUCUGGAGACAUUUGGCACCAACAGUGAUCUCGUCUUCGCCCUGAAAUCACCUGGAUGUCGACGGCCAGUUUGGACCAGAGUGUCGUGGGAAAUACACAGCGCUAGAGCGGUGGUCCUCUGUACGCGUGCAAUACCAUGGAACAACUUGCCAAGUACGGAGACACCUGGGACCUUCUCCUCGCCGAAGACCACAUCGUACUGAAGCUCGCAGAAUUGUGGCCACCGGACGUCCCGCUCCCGGAAGGGUGCAAGCUCGAGAACAGCGGUUCCUCGCUGGUCACGAACCAGGAGUCGCUGGUGGCCGCGAAGCAAGUGCUGCAGCUCAGGGUGAGAGUAUCGCGCGCCCUCUUCGCUGGGUGUGCGUCGUUCGAGUCCUCCAAGCCUUUCUGCGCCGCUGCGGGCGAGCUGCUUAGAGACGCCGAAGAGUUGUGCAUUGCGCACAACAAGGACAAAGUGUACAAGCUCAUCCGCACGUUCCCAAAUGUCAGAGUGCUCGCCCUGCCGCACGACCUCUGCAGACACACGCUCGAAAACGACGAGCCGACCACGGACUGCUCAUCGCCGCUGGUCGAGCGCAGCAAGCUGACGCAGCUGCUGGGCAACGUGGAGAGUCUGGGCAGUGCAGGCCUCAUUCUCUCCAAAGAGACCGUAAUGGCAGUCAUGCGAACUUGUCCUCGAGUGCAACGUAUCGACUCCGACUCGGUGCUGGAAGUUUUUUUGCAGCUGAACGGCUCGCCUAUGCGAGGGGCAUAUUGUACCUCGAGGAAUUUCACGCACCUCGUGCUGUACGCUGCCGUCGUGGGCAACGGCCAACAGGUGGCCACAGCGGGACCGGAUGACGUCGCUCUCGCUGCGAGAACGUUUCCGCUCGUCGAAAACGUGGAGGUUCUCGUCAGAUCGUUAGAAGCCCUGGACGAGAUGUCGGCAUUCCGUCACGUCCACAGCCUGGCCGUGGCACUCGCUCCUCCCAUCGCCUACGCCAGCGCGCAUUCGGAACUGCAGCGGCUCCUGCAAAACUGGCCGCGCCUCGAGAAACUCUCCCUAGAGUUUUGCGGUGGCGUGCGCCUGUCGGCGAUUGCCCGGUCCUGUCCGCGAGUCAGAAGCCUGCGCUUCGCCUUCUGCAGGUGGCACAGAGCGGACUCCCCGGUGGACGCCGACGCGUUCCCCGAGCUCGAGAGCAUCGAGUGGGGCAUGCGCGUGUCCGGGGCCGCCUUCGAGGCGCUAUUCUCGGCCACGUGCGGCAGGCUUCGCACGCUGCAGGUGUACGACGACGAAAGCUGCUGCCGGUUCCUGCACUUCUGCGCCCGCGAAGGCCCGCGCACGCGUUUCCCUCGUCUGGAAGAACUGCUCCUGGCCACGAACUUGCCCGUACGCGCGAUGGGGCUGGAGCCGGAGUGUCUUCACCGAGUGGUCGGGGCGCUGCCUGUGCUUCGGCACCUGGCGACCGACAGCUACGACCUGAGGCUGUUCUUCGAGAACUACUGCGUUCCGCGCGACCGGCUGUCCUUGUCCUGGGCGGCGUGCGUACUGUGUGCCGUGGACGGCAAGGAGAUCCCAAGCCGUGGACAAGCGGCUGCUUUAGUGGCGAACGCAGUGGCCAUCAAUGGCCAAACGUGUCUGCUUGUGUAAUCAGAACGCACGAAAAAGACGGGAAGACCUCGGUGACCUUUCGAUUCCUUGAUCUAAAUAACUGUCAACAUAAGUUGUCUGAAAUCUCCUCUUUGCAGCUGACGGUGACCAAGGGUGGCCGGUCGGUGGCGAACAGCCCUUACGAACUGAAAGCUUUGUGCUCGCGUGCUGUUUAUUCGCCAACUUACCGUAAAUAAACAACGUAUU